AUGGUUCAUAGCCCUGUAGCAUUCCUAAGAAAGCUCCAAAUUUCCUCUUCAUCUUUAGCCACCAAGUUGAUUUCUUUUAGCAAAUAUGCACAAAAGUCCAUGAAAUACCCUUGGCAGUUCAUCUGUCAAAAUAAUCCACUCUCCAUCCAAGUCACUUAUUUUACCUUGAUUUCAUUUGCUGGAUAUGCAGCUCUUAAGAUCAUCAAGCCACGAGAUAAACAAGAUGCUCUGAAAGACAUAGACUUACUGUUUACUUCUGUAUCUGCAUCAACUGUCUCAAGCAUGGCUACUGUUGAAAUGGAGGAUUUCUCAAGUGCUCAGCUCUGCGUAUUGACUAUUUUAAUGCUGAUCGGUGGAGAGGUAUUCACUUCAAUGCUUGAUCUUUAUUUCAUGCGGGCUAAAUCUGUUACAAAAGGGUCUUCCAACAGAAAGGGCUACUCAGUUUAUGUUGAUACCGAAUCUACUACUUCUGCAACGUCUGUUCCCACCAGUGUAAUAAUGCCAGUGUCUGAACUCCGCUUGGAAGAAAAAAAUCAAGUUGAGCCCAAGACAAUUGAAUCUUUAGGUUAUGCACUGCUGGUCUAUCUUCUAGUGUCAAAUUUAGGCGGAUCCCUGGUUAUCUUCCUUUACCUUAUAUCCGUACCAGAUGCACAAGGAGUUCUGAAGAGAAAGGGUAUUGGAUUUGUCAUUUUCUCUGUAUUUACAGCCGUCUCCUCAGUGGCAAAUUGUGGCUUCACUCCAGUAAACGAGAACAUGAUCAUCUUUCAGAAGAGAUCCAUUCUCCUAUUGCUAAUUAUUCCUCAGAUACUAGCUGGAAAUACAUUAUUUGCCCCAUGCUUGAGAUUCCUGGUGUGGUCACUUAAGAAGGUAACUGGGCAAGAUGAAUAUCAUUUCAUUCUUCAGCACCCGGAGACCAUUGGAUAUAAGCAUCUUAUGAGUAGCAAGGAGUGUGUUUAUUUGAUGUCAACUGUUUUCAGCUUCAUAAUUACACAAACCAUACUAUUUUGCUCUCUAGAAUGGAGCUCAGCGGCUUUACGGGAAAUGAACAGCUAUGAGAAGAUAAUAGGUGCUCUCUUCCAGUCUACUAAUGCAAGGCAUGCUGGCGAAUAUGUAGUUGAUCUGUCAAGCCUUUCUUCCGCAAUCCUAGUCUUGUAUACUGUAAUGAUGUAUCUCCCUGGUGAGACCUCGUUUUUACCCAAAGAUGAUGAGCAGCCUUCUAGAGCUGAGAUAAAAGACAAAAGGAAAAGACUAUUAGAGAAUUGGAUCUUCUCCCAGCUGUCUUAUUUAGCUAUCUUUGUAAUGCUAAUUUGCAUUACUGAGAGGGAAGCAAUGAUCACAGAUCCGCUCAAUUUCAAUGUAUUCAGCAUAUUGUUUGAAGUUGUCAGCGCAUAUGGGAAUGUGGGUUUCUCUGUUGGUUACAGUUGCAAGAGGCUACUGAAUCAUGAUGUCUACUGCAGGGACGCUUCGUAUGGAUUUGUUGGAAAAUGGAGUGGCAAGGGGAAAGUAAUUCUGAUUAUGGUCAUGGUCUUUGGGAGGCUUAAAGCGUUCAAUAUGAAAGGAGGAAGAGCUUGGAGGCUUAGAUAG